UCAUAUUUUAUUGGCAUUAUCAACAAGUUUUUCACCCUUGUUGAAAGUUCUGCGGCGGAACAUUCAAACGGUGAGGUAGUUUACCGGUUCAGUAAUGAUUAAAAUGCAGCUGUGGCGACACACGUUUAAACCGGAAGUCCGUUUGCGAUCUCUGGCCGGCAGUCGGUUAACGGUGUAUGCAGGCUUCCGUUCUAAUAGUGCGCACCUAUGUCGUGUGUGCUGCAGGAACGUUGACAAUGUCGCAGAAGGUGAAGGUAGACGUCCGCAUCACUGUCUUCUACGCAGACGGCGUCACCAUUUACGUUUACAUCUAGACUCUGGAAAAAUACUCGUCUUCGGAACGCUGUACCCGGCCUAUGCAUCCUACAAAGCCGUCCGCACCAAGAACGUCAGGGAAUAUGUGAAGUGGAUGAUGUACUGGAUUGUAUUUGCCCUGUUCAGCUGUGCCGAAACUUUCACUGACGUCUUCCUGAGUUUCUGGUUUCCAUUUUAUUAUGAGAUCAAGAUCCUGUUGGUUCUGUGGCUGCUCUCACCUGCCACUAAGGGAUCCAGUAUACUGUACCGCAAAUUUGUGCAUCCAAUGCUCAGCAGGCGUGAGCAGGACAUAGAUGAGUACAUAGCCAAAGCAAAAGAACAAGGAUACCAUACGGUACUUCAUCUUGGGACGAAGGGUGUCAACUAUGCUACAACAGUCAUAAUGCAGACUGCCAUCAAGGGUGGCGGUGGUCUUGUGCAGCAAUUGAGACGCAGUUACAGUCUGGGUGAUCUGAGCUCAGAUGUUGAUGGUGACAGCAACAGUGGAAGAAAGGCACUACCAGAGGCUCAGGAUAGGAACAGAGAUCGAGAAAGGGUUGCAUCAGAUGGUAGACAUCAUCGACCUAGAGGCCAUAGCCCUCGACGUUCUGCAUCUGGGUCAGGAAGGGUUGAAAUGUAUUUUCCAGAAGUGGAUGUUGAUGUGAGAGGAGCAUCUGUUAGAGAACCAAGUGUGCCGCUGAGUCAUAUCCGAUCGUCGGAGGAUGUGAGCUCAGGCUAUUCAUCUGCUGAACCACUGUACCAGCACGGCAGCAUCAGUGGAGGGCAGCAUGGUGAAAGUCGUCCUGAUAGCUUAGCGAGUAGUCGUGAGCCACUUGUUCGGACUGCUUCCGUGGGUGGAUCUUCACGGUCUGCCCGCACACGAUCUUCUCGUGGUGGCGGUGGAACUGUUACAAAAAAGGGAUCUUCACCUGGGGUUCCUGAGGCCAGUGAAGAAUGUAGCCUCGGAGAAAACGACGACCUAGACAUGAGUUCUCUUUCUCCUUCCCAUUCUCGUUCCCGUUCCAAUUCCCUGCCAAUGUCAGCUGACCUCCUACGACCAGAGUUAGUCGCCCUCCUACAAGCAUUAAAUGCUGAACUUGAGCAGAAAGUUUCCAUGAGCAAGCUGUCAGAGAUUAAAGUUUCAGAAGCGGUAAAACAAACUGAAAAACCAGAAGAUUCUUUUCACUUAGCUGAAGGAGAAAUAAUGGAGUCUAUACACAGAACUGAGUCAUCUUCCAUUUUAGAAUUGGCUGGAACUAAGGAAAUGUCAGAUAUCAAAGUGAGUGAAUCCUUCCAUCCAAAUCAGUCUGAUAUUAAUUCCGCAAUAGAAUCUGAUGAUGAUUUUCAUGAUUCUGUUUCUGUACCUCCCCCAAAUGUGCUAAAUGAGUGCCAGUUUAAAGAUACAAAAGAAGAGUUUAUUGAUUCUUAUUCCGAAAUGGUGAAUGAGUCAGAAAAGGUAAAUAUUUGUUUGGGUCAAGAAAUAAUUGAUAAUGGUUCUGCAGCUACAUUCACCUCAUCAUCAUCUUCCAACAUGCUGCCAAACAUCUCUGAGCAAUGUAAAACUAGUACAGAAAAUAAUGUUGAUGAUCCACUGGUUGAUUCUGUAGGAACUUCAAAUGUUGAUGAAAGCAAAGACAUGCAAAGUUUGAUAACCAUUCCUCAAGAAAGUGUGAAAACUGAAACUACUUUGCUUCCAGUGGAUGUAAAUCCUUAUUUGUGUGCAGAAAGUUUUGCACCCGCUAUGUCUGAAGCCCUUAAAGGAGGUAAUGCAAGUGAUAAAGUGUUAGUUAUGAACUCUACAGAACCAUUAAAACAGUUAGAGGAAAUAAAUAAUGCCUUGCAGAGGGAAGAGAAAUGCCAUGACUGUAUUUCUGAGUCAAAUCAGAGUCCUGGAGAUGCAGAUAAAACUGCUUGUAAUGAUGGAAAGGCUUUAGAAGAAAGUAAUGUUUUUUCUCAAACAAAAGAUGAUAGCUAUACUUCUGAGCAGAUUUCAUCACGUGCAAAGGCUGAAAUGAACUGUCCAAGUAACAUUGUAGGCGCAGAAGAGGAUCAAGAGAUCAUAGGUGAUGAUUUUCAAGAUGCAAGUGAUAAUGAAGGCAGGAAGACAGAAAACAGUAUCUUCAGUGAUAUGCUUAACAAUAAGCAGCUGAGUCUACCAGGUGUGUCACAUGGAGUUCCUGAUAAUACCCAGCAAGCCAUAAUUUCUAUAGUUGAAAAGCCAUCAUUAAGAGUUGAUUCAGAUGACGACAAAGAGUUGAAAGCGAAAAACAGCAUUUCUCAUGAUAAUUCUGACCAUAAUCAGCCAAGUCUGCAAGCUACGCCGUAUGCUGCUCUUGAUAAUGCUCAGAAUGCAACAAUUUCCUCAGCUGACAAUCCAUCUCUAAACACUGACAGUGCUGAAAAAAUUCUUGAUCCAGAGACAGUUUCAAACAAAAGUGACAGCAUUUGUGAUUCUCAGACCCCACUAAAUUAUGACUCUCAAAAUCCAACAAAUUCAAACUCACUUCAAGAUCCAAAGAAAGAUGUUCGGUCAGGAAGAUAUCACAAACUUCAAGCACCAGAGCCACCUCCAAGAUCUAAAAGGUCAUCAUCAAAAGGCUCUAUUUCUGAGGAAAGUGAAAAGAAAUCAGAACACAGGUCACGUUCACCGAAAAAAAUGGCAGAAUCACCAGUCGCAAAGCUGCAUGGACAGAUAGAAAAUCUUGCAUCAAUGCUUCCUUUCUGGCAUAGUGGCAAAAGAUCCCGUGGAAAGGAAGUUGGUACAGCAGAAGAUGGCAUUCGCAUACGUGAGAUGUCACACUCGCCCAGUCGACGUGUUGGUCGUCAAGCACCACAUUAAUAGACCCAUUCAUAAAGUUAGGAACUGAACUGUAUUUAGGGGAUUAUUGACAUCUGAAGCCUAUUUUUUAUAUUUUUGCGUUACGUAUUACCCAUUUGCCAUGCCUUGCCACAUUGUUGUAGGAGUCUUGUCUAUGGUACGAGGAAGAAUUAGUUGUGCAUUUGGGCAUCUUUAGCUACAGUAUAAUGUUGGUCUACUCAGUUUCCUAGAUGCAGUAUUAUAAGAAACUACUAAUGAGUUACUACAAACCCUUUCACUGCACCUAAUGUGUUAACUUAUUGUUUAGGCCAGGAGCUCCAUUCAGACUUGUGAAAUACUAACAGAGAUAAGGUAUAAACUCUUCCUUAACUGCUGAUAUGUUGUGAUUGUCUAAUAUUAUGUAUGUUCCAUGCACACUCAAGGUGAUUGGGAAUAUUACAUAACCAUUAUAGUGUAUGAAUAACCUGGAAGAGUGCAGUUGAAUAUGAGAGAGUGGAACAUUGUUUUUCGUAAAGUUACUGCUCUCAGUUCAUGAUAUCCUUUUCAUAAUGAGAAAAUGAGAUGUAGAGAUGGGGAGAUGCUUGCUAUGUUCAUAGAAGUGACUUCAAAGUUUCUUCUGACAGUGAAGGUGAAGAUAUCAUGGUGACUGAAACUAAAACAUUUUGAUGAGGUAAUUCUAUUUUUUGAACAUGUAUUCAUCCUCCUGUACUGUGUUCAGAGAGAUCAUCCGAAGAUGAAUCAAAAUAGCAAGCAAUAUAAAUCAAUGUAGCACCUGUCUGUGAAGCUCACUGAGAGAAACAUCACUUUUCCAAAACUCUAGCAGGACUGACUUUAUUUAUGGGACAUACGGUAAUUGUGAACUAUUUUUGAUACUUUUUUAUGAGACUUUCCUGAGUAAAAUGUAUGUAUUUACUAUAAAUAAAUUCAAUCACAAAA